UUCAACCUCUGAAUACUUUGUGGAACAGGCAACGGCGCAGCACCAGUUUAGCACAAAUGGAGUCCAACCGAGCUGACUUUUGUUAUCCAGGUUAUCAAGGAAGGACCAUCGCCUUCACAGCAAAGCUGGAGAUUUCCGACAGCUAUCCGACCCACAAGGGCCCCCUGAGGUUCACAAACGUGCUGGUGAAUGAGGGACAGGGCUACAGCCCUUUAACCGGUGCAUUCACCUGCCCCCAGGCCGGCUUUUACCAUUUUACCGUGCAUGCGUCCACCUAUGGGCUUGCACAAUUUAUGAUCAACAAGAACGGUCAGAAUGUGGUCUCAGCCUAUCACACCACCUUAGACGGGCUGAGGAAGAGCGAGUCUGUGGCCAGUAUCAGCAGUGUCAUUCAGCUGUCGGAGAGUGACAAGGUGUGGGUAGAGCUGUGGGGACCACCCCGAAAUGACAUCUUUGCCACUCCAGACAACGACACUGUGUUCUUGGGGUUCCGUCUUGGGUAGUCACAAUAAAAAAAUAAUAAUUAUGAUCAUAAUUUGGAGUCUGCAUCUUAGAAUCCCCCUAGCCCCCUCAUAUCUCUCAUGUCUUGGGUCAGUGCAUAAGAAGCCUGAGUUGAUCAUUUCAAUGCCUGACAAUUAUUUCUGAACUCUAUUCUGCUCUUUUUUAAGAAAUAUUGGGUUUUUUUUUUGCACCAGUACCCAUACAUGUGAAUUUAGAUUUUUUUUUUCUUCUUCUUUUUACUUUGUGGUUAUUGCUACAUUAGUCUUGAUGCUUUUGAAUAAAUCUCCAUAUGAUAAAUUGUA